UGCCCCGUCCGUGACCCCCCCUCCCAUCAGCGCAGAGCCGCGGGGCGCCGGGCCCAUGGAGAGCGCCGGGGAGCGGUUCCCGGCUGCGGCCGUGGCGGCCGUGCUGAAGCCCAGCGCCGGCCUGCCCGAGGCGAGUCUGCAGGUGCGGGGCUACGACUUCGACCGCGGGCUGGAUCACCGCGCCCUGCUCCAGUCCUACCUCACCACCGGCUUCCAGGCCACCAGCUUCGGGCAGGCCGUGCAGGAGAUCAACAGGAUGAUCGUGGCGAAGCUGGAGCCGCUGGGUGAGGAGGAGGAGACCCGCGCUGACCUGAACCCCUGUCGCCGGCAGCCCUCGGGCUGCACCAUCUUCCUGGGCUUCACCUCCAACCUCAUCAGCUCGGGCAUCCGCGAGACCAUCCGCUACCUGGUGCAGCACAACAUGGUGGACGUGCUGGUGACCACGGCAGGCGGCGUGGAAGAGGAUCUCAUCAAAUGCCUGGCACCUACCUACGUGGGGGAGUUCAGCCUGCGGGGGAAGGAGCUUCGGCAGAGCGGGAUCAACAGGAUUGGGAACCUGCUGGUGCCCAACGACAACUACUGCAAGUUUGAAGACUGGCUCAUGCCCAUCCUGGACCAGAUGGUCGCUGAGCAGAACAUGGAGGGUGUGAAAUGGACCCCGUCCAAGAUGAUCGCACGGCUGGGCAAGGAAAUAAACAACCCGGACUCGGUCUAUUACUGGGCACAGAAGAACAACAUCCCAGUGCUGAGCCCGGCCCUGACGGACGGAUCCCUGGGGGACAUGAUCUUCUUCCACUCCUACAAGAACCCCGGUCUGGUGCUGGACAUUGUGGAAGAUCUCCGGCUGAUCAACACCCAGGCCAUCUUCGCCAAGAAGACAGGCAUGAUCAUCCUGGGUGGGGGCCUGGUCAAACACCACAUCGCCAAUGCCAACCUGAUGAGGAACGGGGCCGACUACGCUGUCUACGUGAACACGGCACAGGAGUUUGACGGCUCCGACUCGGGGGCCCGGCCAGAUGAGGCAGUGUCCUGGGGAAAGAUCCGCAUGGAUGCCAAGCCGGUGAAGGUUUACGCCGACGCCUCCCUGGUUUUCCCGCUACUGGUGGCUGAGACCUUCGCCCAGAAAGCCAGUGCCUUUGGCUCCGAGAAGCAGCACAACUGAACCCCGCUGGCUCAGCAGGGCCCCGGACUGGGACGCAGUGUGGGGAGUCCAGAUGGGGAGGGGAGUCCUAGGAACAAAUGGGCUUAUACCCAAGCCCA